AUUUGAAUUUGACCUAUAAAUCAUCAAGAUUAACAUUCUUACCAAGUUUCAUUAAGAUAUGAUCAUAAAUGUGACCUCUGGAGUGUUAACUAGCUUUUCCUUUGAUUUGACCUAGUGACCUAGUUUUUGACCCUACAUGACCCAGAUUCAACUGGAUCAUCAAGAUUAACAUUCUGAAGAAGUUUCAUGAAGAUACAGUCAUAAAUGUGGCCUUUACAGUGUUAACAAGCUUUUCCUUUGAUUUGACGUGGUGAAGUAGUUUUUCACCCCACAAGACCCAAUAUUGAACUCGUACAAGAUUUUAUUGAGAGUAACAUUCUGAACAAGUUUCAUUAAGAUUGGCCAAAAUUUUGACCUCUAGAGUGUUAACAAGCUUUUCCUUUGAUUUGACCUGGUGACCUAGUUUUUGACCCCACAUGACCCAAUACUGAACUCGUAUAAGAUUUUAUUGAGGGUAACAUUCUGACCAAGUUUCAUUAAGAUUUGGCCAAAAUUGUGACCUCUAGAGUAUUAACAAGCCUUUCCUUUGAUUUGACCUGGUGACCUAGUUUUUGACCCCACAUGACCCAAUAUCGAACUUGUCCAAGAUUUUACUGAGAGUAACAUUCUGACCAAGUUUCAUUAAGACUGGACCAAAAUUGUGACCUCUAGAGUGUUAACAGUCGAAUUGUUGAUGACGCUGCCAACGACGGAUGGACGACGGACACAGGGUGAUCACAAAAGCUCACCCAUUUGACCGAGUUUCGAAUUUGACCUAGAUAUCAUCAAGAUGAACAUUCAGACCAACUUUCCUACAGUUCCCCUGAAAAAUAUGGCCUCUAGAGAGGUCACAAGGUUUUUCUAUUAUUUGACCUACUGACCUAGUUUUUGAAGGCACGUGACCCAGUUUCGAACUUGACCUAGAUAUCAUCAAGGUGAACAUUCUCACCAAUUUUCAUGAAGUUCUUGUGAAAAAUAUGGCCUCUAGAGAGGUCACAAGGUUUUUCUAUUUUUAGACCUACUAACCUAGUUUUUGACCGCAUGUGACCCAGUUUCGAACUUGACCUACCGUAGAUAUCAUCAAGAUGAACAUUCUGACCAAUUUUCAUAAAGACCCCAUGAAAAAUGUGACCUCUAGAGUGGUCACAAGCAAAAGUUUACGCACGGACGACGGACGCUGCGCGAUCACAAAAGCUCACCUUGUCACUUUGUGACAGGUGAGCUAAAAAUUAAAAACAUGGAUCAGAUAAUUAUCACCAUUAAUGACUGUCAGUUUGACAAUCUACUUGUAAUCAUCAGAUAUGGAAUGUCUUUCAUGUAUUACUUUGAAUUAAGCUAUUUUUAUGCAAUUCCCAAUUGCAGGUAAGAACUGCUCAAUGCUUUUUUUCUGUGUUUGAUUGUUGCUUCACCACUCUCAUGAACAGUUGUCAAAUCAAAUAUUCUGUGGUUUAAACAUUUAUGAAAGACAAACUUUUCCAACAAAGAUAUGUAAAUAAAAUAUUUCAAUGUGAAUCAUCCAUUACUAGAAAUUAUUAUUUAAGUACAAUACAUUUAGUAGUAGUGAAGGUAGUAAAUUCAGAUAAUAAUGAAUAACCUUAAAUGAUAGGAAUUAUUGUAUAUAACUCUGUGGGGAAAAAAAGCAGUACUUUGAAUUAGGGGCACCUAAAAAUUUUUCAAAUCCUGAACCCAAGUCGUUUGGAUCUAGAGUCAAGGGUGCCUUACCGCUGAACUAUUGAUAAGAGGGAUAUUUUUGGGGAAUUUUGUCCUCUCCAAAAAUUCAUCACAGGGGGUAUUUUGUCCAACUUGAUAUUUUCUCAGUGGGGAUUUUGUCCACCUUGAUAAUUUCACAGAGGGGAUUUUGUCCAGGUAGAUCAGAAAUAGCAGGGGGGAUUUUGUUCAGGGGGAUUUUGUCCAUUUCCCAUACAUGUUCGAUUGAAUUUAAGGCAGUUACUCCGUGUAACAAGGUGGAUUAUUCUGGAUCUUAAGUUAUUCAGAAGUUGCUUCCCUUUGACCAAUUCUUAGUAGCAACCAGUCAAGCAUUGCAAUAAGUUCCUGCUGUUAUAUGAAUUUUAGUCACAUGACCCCGCUUUUUAUUCAGUUGUCCGACAUGUUUUCAAGGGGACAGGUGGAAUUGUUCCAUUAUAAUAUAGUUUGUGUUCAUGGAGGAGUUUUGGAUUCUUUUGAGCCUUAUAGUAACACAUGGUGGCAGUGUCAGUAACCAGCUCACUGAGAAAGUAUAUUUUUGGUGUGUGUGUGUCUGUGAAUUCAGCAAAGAGCCCAAUCCACAAUUGGGCUUGAGAUCUGGGAGAUUUGAGAGAUCAGUGAGAUCCAGAUUACAGUACAUAUUCAGUUGGAUUAUAAAUGAGAAACUGUACAAGAUUAUGUAUAUGAUCAAGCUGAUUUUGAUAGAACUUUACCGCAAGUGUUACUUUCUAAAUAUACAAGCACUGAGAUCAUUUAGUUAUGAACAUUAAACCGGAUAGUCGAA